UGGGGCCCCCGGGCAAUAAGGGGAUCAUGGGACCCCUGUGCCCUUGCCCAAACUCAAAAAAAGCCUAUGAAGAGGUACCAGGGGCAUCUCAUGGGGCCCCCUACUGACCCCGGGCCCUCCGGCAAAUUAAGCAAUCACAUUCAAAAUCAUGUUAAAAAGGAAUUAGUACACACCAGAGGUGGACUGACAACUCAUGGGGCCCCCGGGCAAUAGGGGAUCAUGGGGCCCCUGUGUCCUUGCCCAAACUCAAAAAAGCUUAUGGAAAAGGUACCAGGGGCAUCUCUUGGGGCCCCCUACUGACCCCGGGCCCUCGGGACAGUGCCCGAGUUUCCAAAUGGUCAGUCCGCCCCUG